ACAGUGUAUAGAUAACUUUCACAGAACCGCAAGGGCUUGAUGCUCCCCCAACAGAACGGCUUGAGCUUUCCCCAGCGCAUCUCAGAAAUGCUGUGGCGGUCGCCAGACUCUUCGGGUAACUCCCGGCAGCUCCGAGGUAGCGCUCCCCUCCCCAACCAUCGCCCUCCGGGAUGGGCCGCACUGAAGAGCCCGCUCCUCAGCUACGGCACGAAGUGCGCCGCCGCGCUGGGCAGCUGGAGGAAGGGGCGUGACGCAAGUGGAACUCCCGCGUGACGUCGCGCGGGCUCCCGGGCGGGGCGGGUCCGGCCGCCUCCGAGCCCGGCCGGCAACCCCCAGCCUUAAAGCGCGGGCUGUCCGGAGAGGUCGGCUUUCCCACCGAGGAUUUGGCACUCUGGUGAGGGAAAAGGGCGAAAGAGAAAAGCGAGCAGCCGUCCCUUCACAGCCUCAGAAAGUGCUCGCUUCCCUUCGGGGGCUUUCGCGAAUCCCGAGGCAAUCUCGGAGGCGGUAUUUGACCUGUCCAAAGACGACUUGAUACCUCUAUAAUGUAACAGAAAAGGUCAGAAAAUAUUAAGCAAGUAGAAGUGUGGAGCAUAUUAAGCAAGAUGAACAUCUCGGGAAGCAGCUGUGGAAGCCCUAACUCUGCAGAUAUAUCUAGUGACUUUAAGGACCUUUGGACAAAACUAAAAGAGUGUCAUGAUAGAGAAGUACAAGGUUUACAAGUAAAAGUAACCAAGCUAAAACAGGAACGAAUCUUAGAUGCACAAAGACUAGAAGAAUUCUUCACCAAAAAUCAACAGCUGAGGGAACAGCAGAAAGUCCUUCAUGAAACCAUUAAAGUUUUAGAAGAUCGGUUAAGAGCAGGAUUAUGUGAUCGCUGUGCAGUAACUGAAGAACAUAUGCGGAAAAAACAGCAAGAGUUUGAAAAUAUCCGGCAGCAGAAUCUUAAACUUAUUACAGAACUUAUGAAUGAAAGAAAUACUCUACAGGAAGAAAAUAAAAAACUUUCUGAACAACUCCAGCAGAAAAUUGAGAAUGAUCAACAGCAUCAAGCAGCUGAGCUUGAAUGUGAGGAAGACGUUAUUCCAGAUUCACCGAUAACAGCCUUCUCAUUUUCUGGCGUUAACCGGCUACGAAGAAAGGAGAACCCCCAUGUCCGAUACAUAGAACAAACACAUACUAAAUUGGAGCACUCUGUGUGUGCAAAUGAAAUGAGAAAAGUUUCCAAGUCUUCAACUCAUCCACAACAUAAUCCUAAUGAAAAUGAAAUUCUAGUAGCUGACACUUAUGACCAAAGUCAAUCUCCAAUGGCCAAAGCACAUGGAACAAGCAGCUAUACCCCUGAUAAGUCAUCUUUUAAUUUAGCUACAGUUGUUGCUGAAACACUUGGACUUGGUGUUCAAGAAGAAUCUGAAACUCAAGGUCCCAUGAGCCCCCUUGGUGAUGAGCUCUACCACUGUCUGGAAGGAAAUCACAAGAAACAGCCUUUUGAGGAAUCUACAAGAAAUACUGAAGAUAGUUUAAGAUUUUCAGAUUCUACUUCAAAGACUCCUCCUCAAGAAGAAUUAUCUACUCGAGUGUCAUCUCCUGUAUUUGGAGCUACCUCUAGUAUCAAAAGUGGUUUAGAUUUGAAUACAAGUUUGUCCCCUUCUCUUUUACAGCCUGGGAAAAAAAAACAUCUGAAAACACUCCCUUUUAACAACACUUGUAUAUCUAGAUUAGAAAAAACUAGAUCAAAAUGUGAAGAUAGUGCCCUUUUCACACAUCAUAGUCUUGGGUCUGAAGUGAACAAGAUCAUUAUCCAGUCAUCUAAUAAACAGAUACUUAAAAAUAUAAGUGAAUCCCUAGGUGAACAGAAUAGGAGUGAAUGCGGUAAAGAUUCUAACACUGAUAAACAUUUGGAGCCCCUGAAAUCACUGGGAGGCCGAACAUCCAAAAGGAAGAAAACUGAGGAAGAAAGUGAACAUGAAGUAAGCUGCCCCCAAGCUUCUUUUGAUAAAGAAAAUGCUUUCCCUUUUCCAAUGGAUAAUCAGUUUUCCAUGAAUGGAGACUGUGUGAUGGAUAAACCUCUGGAUCUGUCUGAUCGAUUUUCAGCUAUUCAGCGUCAAGAGAAAAGCCAAGGAAGUGAGACUUCUAAAAACAGAUUUAGGCAAGUGACUCUUUAUGAGGCUUUGAAGACCAUUCCAAAGGGCUUUUCCUCAAGCCGUAAGGCCUCAGAUGGCAACUGCACGUUGCCCAAAGAUUCCCCAGGGGAGCCCUGUUCACAGGAAUGCAUCAUCCUUCAGCCCUUGAAUAAAUGCUCUCCAGACAAUAAACCAUCAUUACAGAUAAAAGAAGAAAAUGCUGUCUUUAAAAUUCCUCUACGUCCACGUGAAAGUUUGGAGACUGAGAAUGUUUUAGAUGACAUAAAGAGUGCUGGUUCUCAUGAGCCAAUAGAAAUACAAACCAGGUCAGUCCAUGGAGGAUGUGAACUUGCAUCAGUUCUUCAGUUAAAUCCAUGUAGAACUGGUAAAAUAAAGUCUCUACAAAACAACCAAGAUGUAUCCUUUGAAAAUAUCCAGUGGAGUAUAGAUCCGGGAGCAGACCUUUCUCAGUAUAAAAUGGAUGUUACUGUAAUAGAUACAAAGGAUGGCAGUCAGUCAAAAUUAGGAGGAGAGACAGUGGACAUGGACUGUACGUUGGUUAGUGAAACCGUUCUCUUAAAAAUGAAGAAGCAAGAGCAGAAGGGAGAAAAAAGUUCAAAUUUUCUAGGUGCUGUGACAGAAAGAUCAACAAGGAUAUACUCUCUGUCUUCAGGUAUUUCGCAAUCACAAAUCAAACAAAAAUAAAUCAUCAAUUUAACAUUUUGCUUUAUAAACAGCAUACACAGAAUGUUCCGAGGAUGCCUAGCACAAUGCCUGGUGCAUAGAAGUUGUAUUUUAUUUACAUAUUUGACCUUCAGCAUGCAGAAUAAAUGUUUAAUUAUCAAUAAAUAUCAAGCAAAAAUUUUGUAGUAGGAAGUAUUUUAGGAACUAGAGAUAAUGAAUAAACAGAACAAAAGUACUUACCUUAUGGAACGUACAUUCUAAUGAGAGAAAUAAGCAAUUGUAUAUAUAAUAGAUGAUGGUAAGUCCAGGAGAAAGGUAAAGCAAGGUAAGAGUGAGAGAGUGCUGUGGGUUGGGAGAGGUGGUACUUAUAUAGAAUAAUCUUAGCAGGCCUCUUUUCUGUCAUAUUUGUUAGCCAACUGGAUUUAAACUCUAGUGUUUUUAAAAUGUGAUUAUAUAAUGGGAAAUGUGGUUAGAUCUGUGAAGAUGAAUUUAUCACUUUCCGUGUCAAAUAUGGCAUUGAAUUCCUAAUUUCUAGUAAUACUAAACUACCAGAUGCUAAUGAAGAUGAAAGAAAAUACUUUUUUGCUACUUCAUUACAAAAAGUAAGCAUGAAAGGUCGAGCACAGUGACUCGCACCUGUAAUCCCAGUAUUUUGGGAGGCCUAGGUGGGCGGAUCACUUGAGGUCAGGAGUUUGAGACCAGCCUGGCCAACACGGUGAAACCCCAUCUCUACUAAAAAUACAAACAUUAGCCAGGUAUGGUGGUGCACACCUCUAAUCCCAGCUACUUGGGAGGCUGAAGCAGAAGGAUUGCUUGAACCCAGGAGGCGAGGUUGCAGUGAGCCAAUAUCGCCUCACUGCACUCCAGCCCGGGUGACAGAGCAAGACUCCGUCUCAAAAAAAAAAAAAAA